AUGGCUGCUACGCAGGAUAACAUGACGUGUGCAAUCUGCACAGAAGUUUACAGGUCACCGAGGUUUCUGACAUGUCAUCACACCUUCUGUCUACCCUGUCUAGAGGAGCUGACAAAGAGACAUGGAGACACCAUCCCGUGUCCUACCUGUAGAGCUCCUGCUACUGUACCGCCAGGUGGUGUGUGUGAUCUACAAGUCAACUUCUACUUCACGGAGGAAGCUCUGGAGCAGGCGCGUAGUGAGAAAAGACAAUCCAUGUGUCCUGUUCACACUAAGGAGGUGGCCAUAUUUCAUUGCACGCAGUGUGACAAAGCCAUCUGUCUCAAAUGUAAACUGACUAAACACGAGGGACAUGCUACCGAAGAACUGUCAGAAGCAGUCGCUCGUUGUAAGAAAACAAUUGGAGACAGACUUCAGUCCUUUAUGGACAACAUUUCACGCGGAAAAGACAAGUUGGAAUCAUGUAAACAGAACGAAAAGCGAGCCCUAGAGAAGCGAGCUGCACUAAGGGAACAGAUUCAAGUCCGGUAUGACGUCAUUGUGGCCAUGGCAGCAAAAUAUCGCGAUGAAGCGCUGCAAGAACUGGAGACAACUUGCGAUGAUGUGGAGAAAGGUCUGACCGCCGACACACAGCGAGUACAGGACAAACUCAACUCUCUGCUCCAACUUCAAGCCCGCGCUCAACACGCGCUGAGUUCCACCUGUGACACGGAGGUCCUGCAGGUGGAGAGAGAGAUGAGAUGUAGAGAAAUAAGCGACACUCCACUGGUGCUGUCUGACCAGACUUACCGCUCUGUACUCCACGGUGACUUCAGUAACUACAUUGAGGACAACGACAUGAAAACAUUUAUCGGGUCACCACUCAAACAGAGUUUCCAAAGUAAGAAAACGUUAGACAUCGUUCAAGUUGGUCGAUGUGGUGAUGGAGAAUGUCGUGAAGUGCAUGCUCUGCGGCAGCAAGAGAAUGGAAAUAUCAAAGUAUAUUAUGGGGGAACAGGAGGCGACUACUCCAUGGAGAAAGGUCCUACUUUAAGUCACCCAAAGGUAAAGAGAGCACACAACUUUGAUUCAAACGAGCAAGGAACACUAUUUGCUGUAGUAGACGAAGAGGAAGUUAAGAACUCAGAUGAUGAAUCUCUAAAAGAAGAGGAAGAUAAGAACUCAGAUGAUGAAUCAAUGAAGACAAACAACAAUAAAGCGGAAAGACGGUGUUCCCGUGUUGUACGUCUGUAUUCUAUAAAAUCUGACGACCCCAUAGCGACCUACACGCCACCCAUACAACCAUUCUUCCCAUCAGACGUCUGCUUCUAUGGCAAAGAUGUGUUGCUGAUUGCUGAUUGGAUGAACGACUGUGUGCACGUGACAAGAGUAUCACACCAUGGCAUCGAGUUUGUCUGCUUCCUUCCUGGCAGUGGUGACAUGGUGCGGCCCACAGCUCUGAACCUUGACCUUAACGGUCAGCUGCUGAUUGGCUGUGGUGAUGGAUGGGUCCUUAGAGUACCUGUCGACUACUAG